AUGGCGCCCAUUGGCAACGCGGUCUUUGCAACGUUGCUCAUGAACGAUGCAUACCUACCAGGGGCCAUGGUGCUGGGGCACUCUCUCCGAGACCGCGGUGCGAAAGCGAAGCUGGUUGUUUUGGUCACUGUCGACAACGUCUCCGCUGGAACUAUCACAGAGCUAAAAACAGUAUUCGACGAUAUCAUUCCUGUGCAGCAGAUGCAGAACAAGCAGCCGGCAAAUCUUUACGUUAUGAAUCGCCCCGACCUCAUUGCCACUUUUACCAAGAUCGAGCUAUGGAGACAAACUCAGUACAAGAGGAUAGUAUAUUUCGAUGCUGAUAUGGUAUGUCUGAGAGCUCCUCACGAGCUGCUCCGCCUCGAUACUGCCUUUGCCGCCGCACCAGAUAUUGGCUGGCCCGAUUGCUUCAACAGUGGUAUGAUGGUUCUCAAUCCGAACAUGGGUGAUUACUAUGCACUGCUCGCUCUCGCCCAGCGUGGCAUCAGUUUCGACGGUGCCGAUCAAGGCCUCCUAAACAUGCACUUCCGAGACUGGGAGCGGGUCAGCUUCGCAUACAAUUGCACUCCCAGUGCCAACUAUCAGUAUCUACCUGCCUACCGACAUUUCCAGAGCAGCAUAUCCGCCGUCCACUUCAUCGGCAAGGACAAGCCCUGGACCUUGGGAAGAGAAAACAAGCAUAAUCAUGGUGUCUAUGGCGAGCUGCUCGGCCGCUGGUGGGCUGUAUACGAUGCACACUAUCGUCCCCAAACAUCCGCCUACCACUCUGGUCAGUCGCUCACCGCACCGAAGAAAGUGCAAGACUAUGUACGUGGAGAAGAAUCGCAAUCCGUUCCAGGCUACUCCAGCUAUCAGCCCGCAACUUCCGGGCAACAGCAGCAACCACUGUCCUCUGGGCAGAGCCAAAUCCCAUCGGUCGCUGUCCACCCCCCACCCUACUCCUCUGCUACCAAACCCUUGACAGAGCAGGCCAUGGGUGAUGCUCCUGACUCCGCUGAGAAGGCUGCCGAGAACGACUUCACGCCAACACCAACUGUAGUGCAGCGAAGGUUCUCUGCCCCCCACGCUGAAUGGGAGCCUGCGAGAGCGCCGCCACCACAGGGUUCAAAGCCUGAAGCCUCGAAUUUUCCCCAACACGUGCAGUACGACUUCAACAGUGAUAAGGAGCUAUUCCAACCCCCAGAAAAGUACCCCGAAGCGCCGAAGGGUAUGUGGUAUGAGCUUCCUCCAAGGCCAGCAGAGCCACAGAAGCCCAAGCCAAUAUUUCCAUGGGAAAGCAAAGCCCCUAAGGCGACUCGUGUCUUUGCUCAGCCGAAGACUCCCACUCCGCCUUCGGAACCUGAAGUUGAGCCGGAACCAGACCCAGCAUCAUCAACCGCGACUUCCACGACACUUGAUCCGGAGCCAGCGGAGACUCCAACGAUGACCUCCCCUGAUCCGUGGGCGGGCUUUCAGGCACGAACAAAUGCAUGGGACGAAAUCCCCGAGAUCGAAAAAUACAUGCAGGCUCUGCAGGGCCCAAGGAAGGCUAAGGUACAGGUUUUGCACAACACGGCGACGCCACAGACGCGUUCACCGAAGUCGGAGCGAAGGCAGAGCCUGAGACUAACCGACUUUCCCACAGAGAUUGAAAGACCAAGCUUACCAGUGACACCUGCCCCGAUCCGGAGGCCAUCAUUCUGGGGCGAGGAACGAGAUGAACAGGGUAACCUCCCAGCGGCGGAAGGCGUUCCAAAGCAAGAGGAAUGGGUACGUCGCUUCUCCUCCUAUCCAGUACCUGAGUUUACUGCUUUACCACCACUUUUGCGCGAAUUGAAUGGCGUGUGGGUGAUGAGGUGCCAAUUUUGUGGAAAACAGAACCCUAUCGCCAAGCUCGAAGAACUCCAACGAAGACAGAGUGAGGUCCUGGCCGCUCCCGCUCAACUGGAAGAAGCACCUAGUGUUCCAGCUAGGUCGAUGCCAGAGAGCGAAUCUAAGGAAGCGGCCAUCGAAGCUGCCCAGCAGGCCACGGCGCCACCUGUCCAAGCGCCAAAAGCUCUUAAACCGAUUUUAAAGGCACCGUCGUUCGAGGUGCCGCCGAAAGAGAGUGUGGAUGCGGAUGAUCUUGUGUCGCCAACGGAGGUACGCGGUCACGCCGCUGGGAAGCAAGAAACCGCUCCAGAACCAACGGCUGAUCCUGUUGGGAGCGGAGGGAAGCAUGCAAGAUUGAAUUCAACUCCAGAGGUUGUCCCUAUAGCAUGA